UUUCAGUUUGCCUGUAAUGACAAAAUGGUGGAAGGUGGCAUCUCGAAAACAGAUAAGACACAGUUUGCUGAAUGCUGGAAGACAACAUGGAAGACUCCUUACAUUAUGAGGCUUGCACUGUCAGCGGGGAUUGGAGGGUUCCUAUUUGGUUAUGACACAGGAGUAAUUUCUGGUGCCCUACUUUAUAUUCGUGAGGACUUUCCAGAAGUUGACAGGAAAACAUGGCUACAGGAAACCAUUGUGAGUAUGGCUGUAGCAGGUGCUAUUAUUGGAGCUGCAUUUGGAGGAUGGAUAAAUGACAGAUUCGGAAGAAAACUAUCAAUUUUGGUUGCUGAUGUUCUUUUCUUUGUGGGUGCCAUAGUUAUGGCUCUCUCUCCAGCUCCGUGGAUGAUUAUUGUUGGAAGAAUUUUUGUUGGUUUUGGAGUCGGAAUGGCUUCAAUGACAGCACCUCUUUAUAUUUCAGAAGCUUCCCCUGCUAGAAUCCGAGGUGCACUUGUUAGCACCAAUGGUUUGCUAAUUACAGGAGGGCAGUUUCUGUCUUAUCUAAUCAAUCUGGCCUUCACUCAUGCCCCUGGAACCUGGCGUUGGAUGCUUGGAGUGGCUGGACUCCCUGCCGUGGUUCAAUUUUUCUUGAUGCUGUCACUUCCUGAGUCUCCUAGAUGGCUUUACAGACAGAAUAAGGUAGAAGAGUCCAGGUCCAUCCUAGAGAAAAUUUAUCCUGCUGACGAAGUUGAAGAUGAGUUGACUGCCUUGAGAAUCUCUGUGGAAACUGAAAAGGCUGAUGAGCAUGCAAUUGGGGAUAAUCUGAUACAAAAGGUGAAGGGUGCUUUGAGCAAUGUUGUAGUUCGAAGGGGACUCUAUGCUGGUGUGACUGUUCAGGUGGCUCAGCAAUUUUCAGGCAUCAAUACUGUAAUGUAUUAUAGCCCAACCAUAGUUCAGUUCGCUGGAUUUGCAUCAAACAAGACAGCAAUGGCCCUUUCUCUAAUAACUUCUGGUCUUAAUGCUAUUGGCUCUAUUGCCAGCAUGACUUUUGUUGACAGAUAUGGCAGGAGAAGGAUGAUGAUUAUUUCUAUGAUAGGAAUCAUCACUUGCCUUGCAGCGUUAUCGAUCGUGUUCUCUCAGGCUGCCAGCCAUUCUCCAAAAGUUGACCAGUUCGAAUCCAUGCACUUUGCUUCAAAUGCUACAUGUCCUAGUUUUGUCUCAGCUGUUAAUCCAGCAUCAUGGAACUGUUUGUCUUGCUUGAAAGCUGAGUGUGGUUUCUGUGCUAAUGGGGUAAAUGAAUAUUCUCCCGGAGCAUGCUUGGCAUUGACCACAGAUCUAAAGAAUUCGUGUCGUGGACAACAUCGUACUUGGUUCAAGGAUGGUUGCCCGAGCAGAAUCGGAUUUCUGGCAGUCGUUCUCCUAGGAUUGUAUAUCAUUUCGUACUCCCCUGGAAUGGGAACUGUCCCAUGGAUUGUGAACUCUGAGAUUUACCCACUUAGGUACAGAGGUAUUGGCGGAGGAAUGGCUGCAGUUUCUAACUGGGUCUCCAAUCUCAUUGUCAGCGAGACAUUUUUAACCUUGACAAAAGCUCUGGGUUCCUCUGGCACAUUCCUCCUGUUUGCUGCAGUUUGCGUGAUUGGACUUAUUUGCAUCUACUGGUUUGUACCUGAAACCAAAGGACUGCAGUUCGAAGAGGUUGAGCGGAUGCUGAAAACUGGUUUCAAGCGGAAAGCAUUCAGGAAAAUGUCAAAGGGUGAGUCCGAACCUGCCUAGGCGGAAGUAUAUUUUUGUUGAAGGCCCUCCCUGUGGCUGUUUGUUUUACUUUCAUUGAUAACCUUGCAAUUCAGUUGCAAUCGUAUUAAUGAUGAAAUAAAUACGGCAGCGACAAUUUCUAUAGCAUUUACUUCUACAGAGAUUUCUUGGUUUAUUAUAUACGCGCGUUAUAUUUUAUUGUGUGGCUUAUGAUGUGCAUAGUAGUAAAUAGGUAACGAGGAAUUAAAACGAAAACCUAUUCUUCACAAUUUAGAGGAGCCUUCCGAACAGGGAUACUUA